UCCCGGGAGGGGCAGAGCGCAUAUAACGGGAGCCACAAGCUGGUGCUAAGCGCAGAGUCCUGCAAGGCUGCUUGGGACUCCCUCCUGCUUGUCCUUUUCCAGCGGGCCGGCUGCAUGAGGACGCGGUAGGAGCCGGGACCAGCACCUUCCUCUGCCGCCUCCUUCCUCCUCCUCGGCGCAGGGUCCCGGGUUAGUCAUGUUUCACCUGGGGGAUCCAAGGACUCUCCUGCUUCUGGCCACUGCCCAGGCGCUGCUGCUAGCUGCUGUCCAGUGUCAGAACUUGGAUGUCCAAAAUGCAAACAGCUGUGUUCAUGAAGGGCAGAGGUAUAAUGAUAAGGAUGUAUGGAAACCUGAGCCUUGCAGAAUCUGUGUGUGUGACACUGGAACUGUCCUGUGCGAUGAAGUAAUCUGUGAAGACAUGAAAGACUGUCUCCACCCUGAGAUCUCCUUUGGAGAGUGCUGCCCUACCUGCCCAACUGACCCGCCCACCGCCAGUGGUCGGCAUCUGGGACCAAAGGGACAGAAAGGGGAGCCUGGAGAUAUCAAAGAUGUUGUAGGACCCAAAGGACCCCCUGGACCACAGGGACCUGCAGGUGAACAAGGACCCCGAGGUGAUCGUGGUGCCAAAGGGGAAAAGGGUAAUCCUGGUCCUCGUGGUAGAGAUGGUGAACCUGGUACCCCCGGCAAUCCCGGACCCGCUGGUCCUCCAGGACCUCCAGGACUCCCUGGGCUUGGUGGAAACUUUGCCGCUCAGAUGGCAGGAGGGUUUGAUGAGAAGGCUGGAGGUGCUCAGCUGGGAGUGAUGCAAGGACCCAUGGGCCCCAUGGGACCAAGAGGACCUCCUGGCCCUUCUGGCGCACCUGGUCCUCAAGGAUUUCAAGGCAAUCCCGGUGAGCCCGGAGAACCCGGUGUCUCUGGCCCCAUGGGUCCCCGAGGUCCCCCUGGUCCCCCUGGAAAACCUGGUGAUGAUGGUGAAGCUGGAAAACCUGGAAAAUCUGGUGAACGUGGUCCUCCAGGUCCUCAGGGAGCUCGUGGUUUCCCAGGCACUCCUGGUCUUCCUGGCGUCAAAGGUCACAGAGGUUACCCAGGCUUAGAUGGAGCCAAGGGAGAAGCUGGUGCUCCUGGUGCUAAGGGUGAAGGUGGAUCUCCUGGUGAAAAUGGUUCUCCUGGUCCAAUGGGUCCCCGAGGUCUGCCUGGUGAGAGAGGACGGAAUGGCCCUCCUGGUGCUGCGGGUGCUCGUGGCAAUGAUGGUCAACCUGGCCCAGCUGGUCCCCCUGGUCCUGUCGGUCCUUCUGGUGGUCCUGGAUUCCCAGGUGCUCCAGGGGCCAAGGGAGAAGCUGGUCCCACUGGUGCCCGUGGUCCUGAAGGUGCUCAAGGGCCGAGAGGUGAAUCUGGUACCCCUGGUUCUCCUGGGCCUGCAGGAGCCUCAGGAAACCCUGGAACUGAUGGGAUCCCUGGAGCCAAAGGAUCUGCGGGUGCUCCUGGAAUUGCUGGUGCCCCAGGUUUCCCUGGUCCUCGUGGUCCUCCUGGUCCUCAAGGUGCAACUGGUCCUCUGGGUCCUAAAGGUCAGACGGGAGAACCUGGUAUUGCUGGUUUCAAAGGUGAACAUGGUCCUAAAGGAGAAACUGGUCCUGCUGGACCUCAGGGACCUCCUGGCCCAGCUGGUGAAGAAGGCAAGAGAGGUGCUCGUGGGGAGCCUGGUGCUGCUGGACCUGUUGGUCCUCCUGGAGAGAGAGGUGCUCCUGGCAACCGUGGUUUCCCAGGGCAGGAUGGUCUUGCAGGUCCCAAGGGAGCCCCUGGUGAACGUGGACCCAGUGGUCUUGGUGGUCCCAAAGGAGCCAAUGGUGACCCUGGUCGUCCUGGAGAACCUGGCCUCCCUGGAGCCAGAGGUCUAACUGGUCGCCCUGGUGAUGCUGGCCCUCAAGGCAAAGUCGGUCCUUCUGGAGCCCCUGGUGAGGAUGGUCGUCCUGGGCCUCCAGGACCCCAGGGAGCUCGUGGGCAACCUGGUGUCAUGGGAUUCCCUGGUCCUAAAGGUGCCAAUGGGGAAGCUGGCAAAGCUGGUGAGAAGGGACUACCUGGUGCUCCUGGACUUAGAGGUCUUCCUGGCAAGGAUGGUGAAACAGGUGCUGCAGGACCCCCUGGACCAGCGGGUCCUGUUGGUGAGAGGGGUGAACAGGGUGCUCCUGGACCAUCUGGCUUCCAGGGACUUCCUGGCCCUCCUGGCUCUCCAGGUGAAGGUGGAAAACCAGGUGAUCAGGGUGUUCCCGGUGAAGCUGGUGCUCCUGGCCUCGUGGGUCCCAGAGGUGAACGUGGUUUCCCAGGCGAACGUGGAUCUCCUGGUGCUCAAGGUCUACAGGGUGCCCGGGGUCUCCCUGGAACUCCUGGAACUGAUGGUCCUAAAGGUGCAACUGGUCCAGCUGGCCCUAAUGGUGCUCAAGGUCCCCCAGGUCUGCAAGGAAUGCCUGGUGAGAGAGGUGCAGCUGGUAUUGCUGGGCCAAAAGGAGACAGAGGUGAUGUUGGUGAAAAAGGCCCAGAGGGAGCUCCUGGCAAAGAUGGCGGCAGAGGUCUGACUGGUCCAAUUGGUCCCCCUGGCCCUGCUGGCCCCAAUGGCGAGAAGGGUGAAUCUGGUCCCCCUGGUCCUGCUGGAACUGCUGGUGCCCGUGGUGCCCCAGGUGAACGUGGAGAGACUGGACCCCCUGGCCCAGCUGGAUUUGCAGGCCCUCCUGGUGCUGAUGGUCAGCCUGGUGCUAAGGGUGAGCAAGGACCAUCUGGCCAGAAGGGAGAUUCUGGUUCCCCUGGUCCUCAGGGUCCAUCUGGAGCACCUGGGCCUCAGGGUCCAACUGGAGUGACUGGUCCUAAAGGAACCCGUGGUGCCCAGGGUCCUCCUGGAGCUACUGGAUUCCCAGGAGCUGCUGGCCGUGUUGGACCUCCAGGUUCCAAUGGUAAUCCUGGUCCCCCUGGUCCUCCUGGAGCUUCUGGAAAAGAUGGUCCCAAAGGAUCUCGAGGAGAUACUGGUCCCCCAGGUCGGGCUGGUGAUCCUGGUCUUCAAGGUCCUGCUGGUGCCCCUGGUGAGAAAGGAGAGCCUGGAGAUGAUGGUCCCUCAGGUCCUGAUGGUCCUCCCGGUCCCCAGGGUUUGGCUGGUCAAAGAGGAAUUGUUGGAUUGCCUGGUCAACGUGGUGAAAGAGGCUUCCCUGGUCUACCUGGCCCUUCAGGUGAGCCUGGCAAGCAGGGAGCUCCCGGAGGUUCUGGAGAUCGUGGUCCUCCUGGUCCUGUGGGGCCUCCUGGUUUGACUGGUCCUUCUGGUGAACCUGGGCGUGAGGGAAGUCCUGGUGCUGAUGGGCCUCCAGGCAGAGAUGGUGCAGCAGGAGUCAAGGGUGAUCGUGGUGAAACAGGUCCUGUUGGUGGUCCUGGAGCUCCUGGACCCCCUGGUUCUCCUGGACCCGUUGGACCAACCGGCAAACAGGGAGACAGAGGAGAAUCUGGUGCACAAGGGCCCAUGGGUCCUGCAGGACCAGCUGGAGCAAGGGGAAUUGCAGGUCCUCAAGGUCCCCGUGGUGACAAAGGAGAAACUGGAGAGGCUGGUGAGAGAGGACUGAAGGGACACCGUGGUUUCACUGGUCUUCAAGGUCUCCCUGGUCCCCCUGGUCCUUCUGGAGAUCAAGGUGCCUCUGGUCCUGCUGGUCCUUCUGGUCCCCGAGGUCCACCUGGCCCAGUGGGUCCUUCUGGUAAAGAUGGCUCCAAUGGAAUCCCUGGCCCCAUUGGUCCCCCUGGUCCUCGAGGUCGCUCUGGUGAAACUGGCCCUGCUGGUCCUCCUGGAAAUCCUGGACCUCCUGGACCUCCAGGUCCCCCUGGUCCUGGCAUUGACAUGUCUGCCUUUGCUGGCUUGGGCCAGAGAGAGAAGGGCCCUGACCCCCUGCAAUACAUGAGAGCCGACCAAGCAGCUGGCAACCUGCGACAACAUGAUGCUGAGGUUGAUGCCACCCUCAAGUCCCUCAACAACCAGAUUGAAAGCAUCCGAAGCCCUGAGGGCUCUCGCAAGAACCCAGCUCGCACUUGCCGAGACCUGCAACUCUGUCACCCUGAAUGGAAGAGCGGAGACUACUGGAUUGACCCCAACCAGGGCUGCACCUUGGAUGCUAUGAAAGUUUUCUGCAACAUGGAGACUGGUGAGACAUGUGUCUACCCCAACCCAAACAGUGUCCCCAAGAAGAACUGGUGGAGCAGCAAGGGCAAGGAAAAGAAACACGUCUGGUUUGGAGAAACCAUCAAUGGUGGCUUCCAUUUCAGCUAUGGAGAUGACAACCUGGCCCCCAACACUGCCAACGUCCAGAUGACCUUCCUCCGCUUGUUGUCCACUGAGGGUUCCCAGAACAUCACCUACCACUGUAAGAACAGCAUUGCCUACUUGGAUGAGGCAGCUGGUAACCUCAAGAAGGCUUUGCUGAUCCAGGGAUCUAACGAUGUCGAGAUUCGGGCUGAGGGCAACAGCAGAUUCACAUACAGCGUGCUGAAAGAUGGCUGCACGAAACACACUGGUAAGUGGGGCAAGACAGUCAUCGAGUACCGAUCACAGAAGACCUCCCGUCUUCCCAUCAUUGACAUUGCACCUAUGGACAUUGGGGGGGCUGAUCAGGAAUUUGGUGUGGACAUCGGCCCUGUCUGCUUCUUGUAAAAACCCAAACCCAGAAACAAUCCAACACAACAUGUACCAAACCCGAAGGACCUGAGUACUUUGAAAUCUCCAGUCACUCUAGGACUUCUGCACUGAAUGGCUGACCCCAACGGAUGCCCAUUCGUCCACAUGCUUACAUUUUGGACAUUUUUCCCCCCUCCUAUUCCAAGAGGCCGGAACCGGGCAGACCUCAAAGUAAAACCUCGGUGACCUAUUUAUUUAUUGUCUUCCUGUAAGACCUUUUGGUCGAGGCAGAGGCGGGAAACUAACUGGUGUGAGCUAAAGCCCCCCAAGUGGCUGCCCCCAGCCUAAGCAUGAACCCUUCAGGUGCCGGGCAGAUGCAGGAGUUGUGUGUCUCAUACACAAUGGUGCUAUUCUGUGUCAAACACCUCUGUAUUUUUUAAAACAUCAAUUGAUAUAAAAAAAACCUUGUUGGAAAGUACAA